GCAGCUUGUGGCAAUUAUGACCUAAGAAAAGGUUGUACAAAGAUCUUCGACCCCGUUUGUGGCACAGACAACCUCCUAUAUGGCAACGAGUGUCUGUUGUGCUUUCAGAACCU